GGGAACAACGGUUUUCAACUCACCCUGAGAUAAAACGGACUGAAAUACCGAGUAAGUGCAUAAAACGAAUCAAACUUACACUGGAAGAACCCGAGAGGUGCUAGUAAUAGAUUAGUCUCGCAAGUUCGUACCAGCUACGCGAAUCUGAUCUAGUAAGUGAUAUUCCCUGCUCGUCUAAAGUGAAAGUGUGAUAUCAAAACCUUCAAAACCCCUAGAAUUUGACCCAAAAAACAAAACCCUAGAACCACAAUGGAUGCAAUUAGAAAACAACUGGAUGUCUUGAUGGGAGCUAACAGGAAUGGUGAUGUAAGAGAGGUUAAUCGAAAGUAUUAUGAUCGUGAUGUCUGUCGUCUUUACCUUGUUGGACUUUGCCCUCAUGAACUUUUCCAAUUAACGAAAAUGGAUAUGGGGCAUUGUUCCAAGGUGCAUUCGUUGCAAUUGAGGAAAGAGUACGAAGAAGCGAAAGCAAAGGGUAUUGAUAACUAUGAUAGGGACUUGGAAGAUGUGAUAGAUAGGUUAAUUGUUGAAUGUGAUAGGAAAAUUUCGAGAGCUCUUAAGCGUUUGGAAGAAGAUGAUGCUAAAGCUGCUAUUGCUAUAUCUGUAUCUGAGGUUACCCAGACCCCGGAGAUACUCGAGUUAUCAAAGCAAAUAAAGGAGAAAUUAAAAGAGGUUGAUAAACUUGAUUAUGAAGGUAAAGCUGAUAAUAAGAUUCGCGCAUUGGAAGCGGUGGAAGAACUAAGAACCAAGAGAGCAGAGAAACAGGCAAUGCUUCUUCUUGAUGCGUUCAAUAAGGACAGAGCUUCCUUACCACAACCACAGACAAACCCUCCAACACUGGCUUCUUUGCCUACGCUCAUGCCGCCACCUGAUGCUCGCACCCAAGAACUGAUCAAUGAAAAGCUGAAAAAGGCAGAAGAUCUUGGUGAGCAAGGAAUGGUAGAUGAAGCACAGAAAGCACUUGAGGAAGCUGAGGCUCUAAAGAAGUUGGCUGCUAGGCAGGACCCAGGUUUGGAUUCUACCAAGUAUAUUGCUGCAGAUAUACGCAUUACUGACCAAAAGCUACGCGUUUGUGACAUUUGUGGGGCAUUUCUGAGUGUAUAUGAUAGUGACCGUCGCCUUGCUGAUCAUUUUGGUGGAAAGCUUCACUUAGGCUAUAUGAUAAUCCGUGAGAAGUUGGUCAACCUCCAGGAAGAGAGAAAUAAGAGGCGAAAGGUAGAUCGUCGAUCUGAAGAUGACAGAAGGUCAAAAGAAAGAAGCCGAGACCGUGACGGACCAUCAAGCAGAGAUCCUGACAGGGAUGGUCGGGGUGGUAGCAGAAAUCGGGAAAGGGAUAACGGUCGCAAGAGCAGAGACCGUGAUAGGUCGCAUGACAGGACCCGUAGCCGUGACCGAGAGAGAGACUCAGAUCGCCCUCGAACUUAUGAAUCAAGGAGUAGCAGGAGGUCACGUUCACGGUCUAGGGAUCGCUCCAGCAGGGAUUAUGAUCGCUCCAGCAGUGGGCGGCGUGAUCGAUACUAGUGACCUGGCAACCACCGUUUCCGUGAUGCGUAUAGGGACUGCAUUAAAAUGGCGUUAUGUAGGGAAUAACCCUUGCUGGUUCCCCUUUUCUCACAUGGAACUUUGUUCUUUUAAUGGGUGUAAAAUAUAGCCCUACUUUAACAUGAUUUUCAUACUACUGACGGAUUGGAUUGAAAUUUUAGAAAGUAUUUCUGUAAGAUUGAGUACAUCCUAUAAAAGACUGGAAGUGCUUUUGUGAGCAUUUUAACAAAAUCUACUGAAGUUUUUGCUACAAGAAUUAUCACUCCUGGCUUUUAAGUUUUUGGAGUUUGUUAUUGUCGUGAUUAUACAUCCGGUGACCUUCCUAGUGAAUUGUAUUUUUUGUUUGUC